AUGGCAAUCGAGAUCGUUCCACUGGCCAGAUCAGACAUCGCGGGUGCUGUAGACUGUGUGCAGAAAGCGUUCGCGGAUGACCCUUAUUUCCGAUGGGCAUUUAACGAUCCUUUGCAGUUCAAUAUACAGCGAAAUGCAGCAUCCUUAACAGCGCACUUUGAGUAUGGCAUCAACUGCAACUGUCCCAUCUCGGUAGCCAAAGUGACUCACGCCGUGAACGACCAAAAGACCAAUCGGGAGGUCCAACUUGCACCGGGAACCGUCGUCGGCGUCGGCUGGUGGUACUCACCUCAGUCCGCAUCAGCACCACAAACCUGGUCUGUCUGGGCCCAAGAAUGUCUUCUAUCCUUCCGCCAGUUCUUGAAUAAUGUCCGUUUCGGAGGUCGUGGCGGGCUAAACAUUUCCCGCUACUGGAUCUGGAAACAAGUACAAAAUGAUGCUCAUGAGGCUCUUUGGACGGAUCCACGCGGGUAUUACUUCUGUAAUAUGGUCGGCGUCAGCUCCGAGGCCCGCGGGAUGGGCGUGGGCAAACGACUCAUGAAAAGCGUUAUGGAGAAGGCGGAUCAGGAGGGGGUUCCUUGCUACUUGGAAAGUUCGAAGGGAUAUCCAAAUGUGACAAUAUAUGAGAAGAUGGGAUUUGAGCUCGUCAAGGAAAUUGAGUGCGCCGAUGACGAAGAUAUUUGCAAGCUCUAUUGCAUGAUUCGCCAUCCCAAAACAAAGUCAUGA